AUGUCUAAGAAAUUAUUUUCGAUCUUUAAUGUGAAUAAACAGCCUUCGUCGUCUUCUGUGGUCUCGGUUUGUACUAAUGUCAUAGACGAUACUUACCCAGACGACACUUUAAGUAGUAGUCAAGGGAUUAUUGCUACAGUUGAAUCUAUAAACAUAGCAAGUGAUUAUAAUGAUUCUACGUUUACGAGUAUUGGAUUCAACAACUGGAAAAAGUUAUCUGGGUCAAGAGGAAAAAAAGGAAAUAAACAGAGUAAACUGCACGGACAUUCCACUAGUAAACAGCAUUUAACUUGCAUGGCCAAAUGGGAAGCUUAUAUUUCAACUAUAAGAACAGGAAGUGUCCACUCUCAAGUAGCAUCAAGCCACAAGCUUCUUGUAGAAAAAAAUGUCCAAUGUAUUAAAACUCUUGUUGAUAUAACAUUAUUUUUGAGCUGCCAAAGAUUAGCUUUUAGAGGACAUGAAGAAUCAAAACUCUCACUAAAUCACGGAAAUUUUAAAGAAAUUUGCAGUUUGAUUGCAAAACAUUAUCCAGAAUUUGCAGAAAAGUUUCAAAAUACUACCAAUUACACUAGUCAUGCUGUGCAAGAUGAGUUUGCUAAUUUAUGUGCUAAAAACAUAAGACAUAAAAUUAUAAAAGAAAUUGAAGACACUAAAGUUUUUAGUAUAAUGUGUGAUGAAGCUAGGUGUUUUAAGCAAGAACAAAUGUCUUUAUGUGUAAGGUAUACUGUUGGCCUUAAUAUUGUUGAACUAUUUCUGGGUUUUAUUGUCGUUUCUGACAAACAAGAUGCUGAAUUCCUAAGUGCCCAUAUAUUUGCUUAA